AUGUUGAGGCACCUAAUUUUAUCAAUUGGGUUAAUACUAUCUAUAACUUUUGCAAAGCAAAGUUUAUAUACAUUUGCCCCAGAUUGGGAAAAUUCUCAUUAUACAAGAACAAUUGAUUUAAGUAAAUCAUAUAUAAAAGAAACAGAUUUAAUUGAUAUAAAAAAUAUUGCUAAAACUCCAUUAACAGAAUAUAUUUAUACAAUAAAUGAUGGGUUUGAUAGCGUUGAAAAUUUAUCAAUGAUUACUUUUCAAUUAACAAAUCAAAUUAUUGAAAUACCUUUUGAAGUGAUUGUACCAAAUAAAAUAUAUAAAUUAAAAUUACCAAUGCCAAUUUCUCCCAAUUCAAAUUUAGAAAUUAAAAUAAAUUAUGUUUAUAUAAAUAAAUUACAAGCAAUUCCAGCAAAAAUUAAAUUAGAAGAUAUUCAACAAUUAUUAUUUAAAACUAAUAAAUUUCCAUAUUCUCCUUAUUUAACAAAAGAUUAUUCAUUGUCAUUAACUGGUAUGUCAAAAGGUCAAGAAAUGGAUUUACAUAUAGAUGAACAAAUAGAAGCAACUCCAAACACUCCAAAUUUAGAACCAAGAGUUGAUAAUCAGUCUUUAAAAUAUGGCCCAACCACAGAGGAUUUACAACCUUUUACUUUAAAACCAAUGGGAUUAAUGUAUGAUCACAAUAGACCGUUAACUGAAGUAAUCAGUUUAAAUAGAUCCAUAUGGUUACCUGGAUCAGAUAUAAAUAAAGUAUCAAUUGAAGAAUAUUAUGAAUUAACUAAUUCAGGUGCUCAAUUAAAUUCAGGUUUUUCAAGAGUUGAUUGGAUGAAAGGUAGAUAUGAAGGUACAAGAAAUCAUUGGGCUUUAUCACAUUUAGAAUUCCCAUUGGCACAAAGAGAUAUAGAUGAUUAUUAUUAUACUGAUAAAGUUGGUGUAGUAUCAAGUCAUAAAAAAAUUUCAAAUCACUUGUUAUUAUCACCAAGAUUUCCAAUAUUGGGAGGUUGGCAUUAUAAUUUUACUUUGGGCUGGUCAGAAAAUAUAAAUAAUUUUAUUCAUAAAUCUGGCAAUGAUGAAUAUAUUAUAAAAUUCCCAAUUUUAAAUACUUUAAGAGAUUCAGUUUAUGAUGAUGUAUACUUGGAAUUUUAUUUACCAGAAGGUUCCAAAUUUGAAAAUGUUGUUUCACCUAUUCCAUAUGAAGAUUUAAAUAUUACAAAUGAACUAUCAUAUUUUGAUGUUUCAAAAGGUCAUGUUAAAGUUACAGUACAUUAUAAGAAUUUAUUUGAUGAUAUUUAUAAAUUAGAUGUUUUAUUGAAAUAUAAAUAUGAAAAAUUAAAUAUUUUCAUUAAAAUUGGUAAAAUUUCUGGAUUUAUAUUCGUGGGAUUGAUUAGUUAUUAUUUAUUAAAUUUAUUAUAA